AUGGAGAGGGUGAUUUUAUUCAUAGCGGUUUUGAACGUUGAGAUCAACCUUUCAUAUGCAGGUAACUUAUUUACAGCAUUCGCAUGAUUUUGAAAGUCUCUUAUCCUCCGUCCUUUGUUAAAAUGCCGAAAAAAGAGGCCGUUUUUGUGCCAGGUGAGGCAAUUUUUCUACCAUGCAAGGUGUCAGCGUCACCGCCGCCAGUGUGAGUCAAAAUUCGAGAGCUUAUUGAUUUUAGUUAUAGGUGGAAGAAAAAUGGAAAGGACUUUAAUUGGGCCGGGAAUAUAGGAAGGUACACGAAAUGGCCAGACGAAGGCACCAUUGUGCUCGCAAAGCCAGGAACGGAUGACGACGGGCUUUAUCAAUGUUUUGCAGAAAACAAAUAUGGUGUUGCCGUCUCAAACACGAUAAACGUUAAGCGCGCAGGUACAUGUGAAUGCUUGCCGCAAUGUAUUUUCCACCCCAAAUUCUCUGCUCGCUCAUGUAUUGGAGUGCAAAAUACGUCCCUGACAAGCUGUUUUAUUUUAAUUUUAGAAAUGGGAAAAUUCGAACCAUCUCCUGUCGUGACACUUAGUGCCAGAAUUGGGGACUCUCUUAGUCUGCCAUGCGAAGUACCCAUAGGCUUUCCGCCACCAAUCGUGACCUGGCAGACUAAGCGCAACGCACAACUGGAAUACAUAAAGGAGACGAAUAGACUGGCCACCGACAUUAACGGUACCUCUUAACUCACACAACGGCAUAUCAAAAAAUAAUGAAAUUUUUUAUCCAGGACCAAUCUCAGUUUUUGGUUUUUUACUGUCUGAACGACAGUGAUACGAGAUUGUCGAGACGACUGACUUUCCAUUGGUUUGUCUAAAGUCCCCGUUAUAUUGUGGCAUUUCGACUGUUCACUGUUUUAGAUCUGGUUACGAUUACUAUCCCUGUUUAUCGUUCCACCGAUGAUUGGUGUUCUCUAAAGUAACUAGAACGAACUAGAUAUAUUUGGCACUUACACUAUAAACCACUUGAACUUGAGCCGUUCUAACACGGGCUGCAAUUAUAAAAAGCGUAUUCUUCUUCCAAACCAAAGUUAUCACUUUCAAUGAAAACGUGUUUACGUUAAAAUUUACUUUUAGACCGGCUGCACAUUCCUGUUGUCACUGGCCUUUGCGACUCGAAUUUACAUAAAACUCACAUCCCGUACUUCAAAUGCUGUGUUUGAUGAAUUUUUGAUCUAAUUUUUGAAAUCAAAACUGUAUGAUAUAAUUUACAACAUAACCAAAAAUGCCACCUGGUAAACAUUCUUUCGAAUAUGAGUUAAUACAUUUUAUAAGUAUUUAUGCAUUAUUUGAAUAUGCAGUUACCUCUACCCACUGCACAUAGCCAUCAGCGCUAUCGGCACCGUCACACAAUUCUACCAGCAUGUAGGGACGUAAUUGUAAGAGUUAAUAAUAAGCACAAGUUACAAAUUGUAAAAAAGUUUGGCGACUGAAACGGAUUAUUUUUUAGUUAUAGAGCAAGCAGCCGUACCCGGAAGAACAAACUUUUGAGUUGCUAAGGGUUUAUAGUAAAUCAAUAGACGAGGCCCAUGGCAGUUAACUAGACAUUAGCACCCAAUAGGAACUGUUCGUUUUUUGGAAACAGAGUUAAACACUUAGGUUCCGGUUUACCUACUUUUAAUUUGAGCGAUUCUGUCGUCGGAAAACUUUAUAUAAGGAGGCACAUUGGUCCCUUAAUCCCCGUCUAGUGUGGUACAUUUUUUGUUGCGGAACAUAAUUAAGAUGGUGAAUGUUUCUGUCAUCGUUAGAAACAAAUUUGAACAUCUAAAUAAAGUACUUAGUAAACAAAAUAUUGAUUAACUGGAGGGUACUUUAACACCAGAUAGCAUUCACUUAUUUGCUAUCUUCUGCGUUCAUGAUGAGGAUGAAGUCUACACAGUUUCCAGUUGCUUAUUUUGGUGUCAUCGAAAACUCGGAUAUUAUAAUAAUGAGAACUUUAGACAAAUCCUACUUGGGGUUUUUUCCGUUCUCGCUAAUCAUCACUGUAUUGUCAGCUGUCAUUUUUAUUUGAAUGGUACAAAGUAAGACGCUUUAACUGGGGCGAAAGUACGCCAAGAAACUUCGGGCUAAUAUAUGUUACUGGCGGCUUUUAUAAAAAAUACUGUUGUAGAUGAUUGUAACUAUUACGAGAAACUACGACGUUUUACUUACCCAACUAUUAAGAGAUGAAUCAAUUUACAAGAUGCAUCUACUCACUCAAUCGAAAUUAAAGAGCUCAGAGUUUUUACAGUCAAUAGUGAACUGUAGCAUUUCUCGACGUCGUUUUUGCAUAUUACAGCUAAAGGACCACUCUUGGAAGCCUCACCGAUGAAUCAAGUUUGGGUUCUCAUCUUGGCACUUCUUGAACUCGUGCCCUCCGUCAUAUUGACGAGCAAAUUCUGUGCCGAUGGCUACUGAGUACCCGUCUUACGCAAACUAGAAAUUAUCCACCACAAGACUGUUUGACUUCUUAUUUGCUAAUAACGAAGCACUUAAGGCUACAAUCCAAUCGAACAUGCAGCGGACACGCCAACCUUGAUGGUACCACUAACAUUGGUCAACUGAAGAAUGCAGCACUCCCGCGGUAGGGGUCAACGAAAAUAGCCUCGCAAAUGUAGAAAAAUUAAACUCCGCGGGAAGUUCUAAUUCGGAGAAUAUUCAAACCCACGGUGAAGUUAAUAACUGGAUCACCAGUAUCAGUCCCACCCUCGCGACAGGCCUAUAAGUCCCACAUAGCUUAUCUAGGUCUCCCUAGUCUUUGUCGGCACUCGUCCAUAAAUAAUUCCUAGUCCCUAUGCGCCUGCGUGAGAGGACUCUAGAUGGAACUCAAGGAAACUCCGCAUAAACUGACUGGUGAACGCAGAUGGUUGCCUGUUCGCGAUCUUGGUCACCCAUUCCGAGCCUUUUGCUUAUGAAAACCAGUGGACCGGUGUGUGCUCAUUAUUGCUUACAUACAUAUAUAUUUGUUGACAGGAGCUGCGACAAAGACAAUGGAUACUUAUUAGCCGUUAUCAGCCACUCUGCGUCAGACCAAGGCCUUGUCGCACCUGAGUUUCUAACCUGCGUACUUUGGCCAUCUAUUACUAUUAACUCCAGUGCUCUUAACCACUGAGCUACGGGUCCGUCGUCCUGCCGCUUGUUAUCGGAAAUAUUAACUGGUUUUGGAGGUGGGUUCAACAAUUGGGUUACGAAACCUGCUCGUCCAGUUAUGCCUUAGGGCUUAGGGCAAAUCCCUCGCAGGCAGUAACAUAGGGAGCUCCACCCAAACAUCUACCUCUACUAGAAGAACUGUUUAAGCGAUGCGACAGUUAUGAGGUAUAAGCCCAACGUUUCUCUUAAAAGCCACGAUGUCGGCCGUCGAUGGACCACAUUCCCGAUCAUCUGCGCCCAUUCAUUGUUUUGAUAUCCGCAUAAAUUCAAUAAUAUUUUACAGAAAAAAUUGCAAAAUUGCUUUUUUUACUAGUUUUAUGGGAAAUUGAGCCAUUUUACGAUUUUUUGUUUUAGAACUUGCAUAGGUUUCCUGAAUUUCAGUAUUUUGUGGGGCCUUGUGUACAAAUUUAUCAUUGUUGUUUUUAAGUUGCGUAGCGUAAUCCUUAGAUAUUGCAGAAAUUUGUGGGUGCUAAGAGGCCUCAUCAUACCGUUUGAAAUACACAGUAUGUGAGUCUAAAACCCUAUUCUUAUUUGCAACAGCAGGUAUGUUUACGGCAGUACGAGAGUUCGUAAAGCUCUCUUAAACUGUAAAAUCCGUGUCUCGGAGGCAAUAUUUAAUAAUACUAUAUUUUUUUGACUCAGCUGUGAAAAUAGCCUCGGUGGAAUUUGAACCCAUUGCAACGAAGAGGGGUUUUAGUACAGUCAAAGCUCUAGCCACUGGGAGCUGUCGUAGGUUGAAUCCCACUAAUGUCGCCGCGUUUUCUACAGCUGAGUCAAAAGGAUUGUUCAAAAUCUGCCAAAACAUCCACUGAUUUCGUGAGUCUGGUGGAUUCUAAAUGGACUACGCGGAAAUCCUGCUUGGAGAGUCAGCCUGUUCUAUUAAAUCUAGUGGACUCCUUACGCUAUAGUAGGCUGAGCGGGUAACUUGACCCAAAUGGGAUCAAACUGUCGGCUCCGAGUGGAGUCUCGUAGCUCAGGUGGCUGGAGCGUUGACUGUACUCAAGUCUUCCACAUGCUGUCGUGGGUUCAAACCCCACCGAAGUCGCCGAGUUUUUCAUGGAUGAGUCGAAAUGAAUUAUUCAAAAUCUGCCAAGACACCUAUUAAUGGGGGAUUUUCUGGAAAAGGAGCCCAACGUAACUGUUUGGUUACCCCUCCUAUGGAAUGCAGUUGAAUUUCUACGCCCAACAAAACUCAUAGUACUUAAGUAGUGUUUUGGCGUGUGUGCUUGACUGAAGCUAGCAUUCUGAUGCCCGUGAAAUCUGCCAGCUCGGUUGAACACUCCAUGUCAAUCAAAGUCAUUCUAAAACUUCGGUCAAUAUCUGUGCAUUUUGGCACCUACUACGCAUACUGCCACCGACAUAGAGUUGUUUACUUGCGGAUUUACAUUCGUAUCAUUCCUGCAUUUCAUCCAUGACAUCAAAGGAACUUUAAAAACCUGAUUUAGCGUUUAAUUACAUUAACUGAGAUUAUCUUUUAAACGUUGUGGUUAUAAUAGUCCUUCUUAUCGUGCUUGGGACAUCUGAGCCCCAUGCACUUCUAUCUGUCUUUUAAUUAGUUUGAUCCGAAAGGAUUCGGGUGGAGGCUGUUAUUUUUAAUUUAUUUUCCUGUUCAUUUCUAUCGAAAAGGCUACCUUCACAUAGCGGCGGUCAUUCCAUCUGAUGAUGGUGUGGUUUUUCAGUGCGUAGCUAAUAAUGAAGUUAUGCGCGAGCAGACUACUGGUCCGGCCUAUCUCAUCCGAGCCUUUCCACCCGAGGUAAGUCCUCCGCCUGAUCAGACUUUCUUUUUCUCCUGGGUUAAAGUGGCCGUUUAUUUUGCUUAGUCCACCAAGUCUAACGGCGAAGAUUGUUGUGCUGCUUAUUUUUCCCCCCAAAUAAACUUGACCCCGCGUUAAGUCCACUUUUCUGAGCUUUGAUGGGACCCCGACGGGUCUUUAAUAAAAAAUUAUUAUUGCUAUAAGUCAGCAAUAGCCCUUAUCUUGGCGUUUCAGGUUAACAGGCCGGUCUCCUUUGUGUUCCAAACGCCGUUUACCACCCUGGCAGUCGCUGGCUCCGUUCUCCGUUUACAGUGCAUUCUGGCUGGCAACCCACUGCCCAGCUAUACUUGGUUCAAGGACGGCAAGGAUGCAACACUUGUAAGCUCCUAGCCAAUCAAAGUCACACUCCACUCUUCACACGAUGAUUGGACAGGCGAAUUCCAUCCCCUGGGUUUUUUUGCCACUCUGUGUUAGAUCGAAACCCGUCGAAAAUAACCUUAUAUUAGUCUUGUUAACAGCAUCGUUUUCUUUGCAAUGGCGUCUCACACACUCAGACUAAUCAGUCGAACCUAUGAUCUCACCCUUCUUCACACUUCCAGCAUCCAAAUGUUAAUAUUCUCAACAUGGGAACUGUGCUUGAAAUAAACCCGGUGUCCAAUACCACCGCCGGGCAGUACCGUUGCCAGGGUGUCAACGAAGCCCUCAUGACUACGAAGAAUUACGAAUACCAGGUGACCGUUAAAUGUAAGUCAUUCACGCAUUACUUCCAUACGCCUUCGCCAGCAUUCUGUUAAAAAUUCCAAAACGAAGUCAUGGUAGAUAAUUUAGUGUACGCGUUCCGGUAAGAUUCCAAAUCUCCUAUCCGCGUCCCGUUUGGAAACACGUCAUUCCAGAAGCGGAAGAAGAAAAGGGUGAAGGAGUUCUGAUUUCUGGAAAAUUAAAUUUGGUUAUGGGACCCCCUACGCGCCCGAAACAAUUUUUCGCCAGAGGAUGGGAACUCUCUGAGUCCGCCGUCCCUUCAAAUCGAAUCCAGUCAUUCAGUGAUUGCUCUGUGUUCACCAUAUGUAAUUGUAUACGGCCUAGAAUACGUAUCGGAGGUCUAACCAGUUAUUAAUUAGGCUGACGUCUGGGUGCCAGACAUUUUGUAUUUCGCAGGUAGUUUCGAAGCUGCUCCCGUCGAGUGUAAAAGACAACUAUAACAAGAACUUUUGUGAAUUAUCGUUGUCCUGAUUUUUGAAAAUGUCCACCCUCUCCUGCCUCUCGUUAGACUUCACCGGGAACGCACCAGGGAAUGUUGACCCACGUAACUUUAUUUGUUUUAGCUGCACCCACUUUCACAAAAUUUCCUGUGGACACUUCGGUACCAGAAAACGGAAGCGUGGUCUUUACGUGCGAGGCGACGGCCGAUCCUCGACCAAAGAUCUGGUGGACCGUAAACGGACGCGACCCAUCUUUCUACUUGGAUGGCGUGAGGAAACUCAUCAGUGGAAAUGUACGUUUACCUAAAUGCCUUUCCUUUCAAAGCAUUCUGACGAGCGUGCCACUUGAAAUGGACACAUAGGCAACGUCUGGCGAGAACGUGCGCACUGAUCAAAUAAAGACCAGCCAUUGUUCACUGCUCUCUUUAAGGCCUUCGCUUGAUGACCCGCCCAGUUUUUUUACCAAAGGAAAAGCCUGUCUCGGAGAAACUAUGCAGGGACAUUGGAGAUGGGCGAACUGUUGCUCGUUCGUCAUCAGAUUUGCAAAUGAGCCACAACUCAUAAUAGAUGCCUUAUAUGCGGGAUAACAUAACCGAGAAAGACAGGGGGAUCUGGAAGACCAUUUCUGGUUUUUUGGUCGUCGUCAUCAGUCAGUCAUACCCAACCCCAGGUUCUGCAACCCCUGAGACACGAUCCUACGACCUAUUGGCUAGAAAUCCAAUGCCCUAACCAAUGAGUCACGAACUCAUGGUCCAGACGGUUGCGAUCAGAUGUAUUAACGAUGCCAGAGGGGCUGCUUCCCAUUUCCCCUAACUAUGCCAAAUGUUAAUAGAUCUUUCAAGUUCAAAACGUGAUCGAUCCCAUGAAAUUUGCGAUCAGGUGUAUUAACGAUGCCAGAGGGGCUGUUUCCCAUUUCCCCUAACUAUGCCAAAUGUUAAUAGAUCUUUCAAGUUCAAAGCGUGAUCGAUCCCAUGAAAUUUUGGCCAAAAUUCUGGAAUGCGUUUUCGAUUAGAAAGGAUUACUUAAGCGGGGUUGUUAUACUGAUUAUCAUGCAGCAUGACUCUAUAACAUUUCGGACCCGCCAGGAUGUCAGCUUUUGAAUGCACUUCUUUUUGACCUACGGAAACCAUACUCGGUAUAAAAUAAGUACUUAAGUAGAAUGCGUUUUUCCUAUUGAUUUUCGAUGGUCUUGUAAAUACAAAUCUAUUUUACGGAAAACAUGCACAAAAAUGGGCUUUCUUUCGCUCAUUUGGUAGGAAAUUACAUUGCCUUCAUAUUUUAUGCCCGAAGAAAGUGCGUAUUUAGGUUUUAAAAAAGUUUUCCGAUUGCUGAAUAGUUUUCAGCCUGAUCUGCCAUUGCCUCAGCGUUUAGCAAUUUCAGUCUACAAGGUGCAUGCUUUCCGCGUAAGGAAAAUCAUACAUUCCUCUAUGUCUUUAAGAAGAUACCACACAGAGGUCAUGAAAUUUUGCAAUGGAUCCAGACUGUGUUGUACAUUUCAUGAGGAGCAUUAGUAAACGGACAUGUGCGGUCUGGCAUGCAUGGACAUCGCACGGUCUUAAAACUCUCAUAAUUAGAAACUUUUUAAAAACCGAAAUAUACACUCUCUUCGGGUAUAAAAUAUGAAGGCAAGGUGAUUUUCUACCAAACGAACGGAAGAAAGCAUAUUUUGUGCAUGCUUUCUAUAAAAUACAUUUGAAUUUAUAAGACCAUUGGAAAUCGAUACGAAAAAUGCAUGCUACAUAAGUAGCCACUUUUUACCGAGUGUGGUUUCUUCCGGAGUUCAAAAAAAUGCAUUCAAAAGCCGACAUCCUGGCGAGUCCGAAUUGUUAUAGGGUUAUGCCGCAUGAUAACCAGUAUAACAGCCCCACUUAAGGGGUUAUAGCCCCAGAGCAUCGUGAAUGCGAAAAAGUCUUGCCGCUUACACACGAUGAGUACAAGUAGAAAUGUCGGCUGAGUUUCAGAAUAUUCACGGAUCAUAAACAGUUUUAUCUCUCAAUAUAGUAAGCAACUUCACAGUACUGGGAGUGGUGCGAGAAAAGUUACUAGGAUCUUGAAAAUCGACUUCUCUAAAACUCAAAUACAAUGGAUGCUUGAUGGCCAGGCAGCAAAGUGUCAUCCCAAGAGCUGGUUCCUUUGGGGGGAAGCGAUAACUCAUUUUGAGCAGGUGCAGACGAAUAUGAAUAACUGCAUGUUGAGUAUGGCUUGUAAAGUUAACCGAUCGCUGUAGGCUAAACAAUCUUCUUCAAAGUCAACUACAGCAGAUGGGAUAAUUCUAGGACUUCCUUGGGUUUCAUAAGUAGGUCUCUGCAAUGCAGACCCCGUUUACGCUACGUCCUCCAAAGCCUUAUAGCAUUAAAGAAACGGACAUUCUUAAAACGAAGCCAUAUUUUAGUUUAAAAUUAACAGUUCCUAGCAUAUAAAUAGUUAUUUUUAGGCAGAAUAAUAUUACUGGCAGAGACAAGGGAGACUGGAAUGGCCAUUUCUGGCUUGUUAGCCGUCGUCAGCUAGUCACAUUCAACCCCGAGGUGUGGAACAUUUGGGGCCUGAUCCCAGUCCGAUCGAAACCGACAAGACGACGAGCCCGUGGCUCAGUGGUCAGGGGAAUUAGAAUUCCAACCCAUAGAUCACGGGAUCGAGCCCCAGGUGUUCCGCACUUCGGGGUGGGGUAUGCCUGGCUGACGAUGGCUAGUAAGCAAGAAGUGGCCAUCCCAGUCCCCCUUGUCUUUAUCGGCAAUGUAAUCCUGCUUAUGUCAUGCGUCGCUGUGCGGCUGCCGGUUCGAGAGUGAGAGAGCCCCAAGACAUAACGAGACGAGUGAGUUCCGCAAUAUGAGCGGUGAGCGCUCUUCUAUCAUAGUUAGUUUUCACCGAAAACUAGAACUCCAGAAGAAGACUAUACUAAAAGCACCUAAAUAAGGCCAACCAUAAGGGUGCGUGGAACAAUAACAGGUACAAAGGAUUAGUACUUUCUUGGCUGUCCGUAUUCAUUCAACACAGCAUAAAGUCUAUCAAGCUUAGGACAGCCAAGCUGCCCGUAGUGAAUUGUACAAUGUGACUAUAAAGUGCCACAGAAUCAAGCUUUUCUUGAAUUGAAAAAUUCUUUUGGCUAGAUCGCAGUUGGUAGUCAGGAAUGGGGGAGCAGAAGGCGACCCUAACCCUAAUCCUAACCUUAACCCUAACCCUAACCUCAACCUUAAACGUUAACCGGUAACCCUAACGGCAACCCUAACCCUGACCGAAAUCGUAAACGUAACCGUAGCCCUUAGACAUAACCGUAACUUGAAAACCUAACCGUAAUACUGAAACCUAAUCGUACGCUCAAACCCUAACCGUAACCCGAAAACCCAAGCCUAAAGGCAUAACCCUAACCCGAAAAUUGGGAACCAUUAACCGGUACCCUAAUCCUAACCUCAAACGUAAAACGGAGGCCAAAUGGGUCAGAUGGGAUUAUGGAACCCCACAAAAUAGCCCCAAUAAACAAACCCCCAGUCACCUGUAAUACGAGGCCUGGCUACCAACUGCGAUCUAGCCAGCAGAACAGAAAUAUUUUGGAAACCGCAUACGAAGUGGCCAACUGUAGUCUGCAAGCGUCAACAGAUUUAUACUUCUUCAGAAUGAUGGACUGGAAUAGCAUCGCGUAAAAUUAUGGUGUUCAUUCAGACGGGUGGAUGCCGUUAUAACUGAAGACAUCCUUCACAAUGUGGAUAAACAUAUUGCUGUUGGUGGUGACUGUUGUCCACCGUCAGACUGGCCUCCCUUCGAAUAUGAUAGUUUAUAUUGACCCAACUGUGAAAAACGAAAAAUUUGCUGUUUCAUGCAACAUGGCCCUGUCUAUUUCCUCCUUCAAUCGCAAAUAGUCAAUGAUUUUGAACAAUCUGACCGUGGAUGACAUCGCGGUGAUUCAAUGCAACGCCUCCAACUCCUUCGGCUACGUGUUCGUGAACGCCUACGUGAAUGUACUGCGCGAACCCCCCUUUAUCUACGAACCGCCUCAAAGCCAGCUCCACCUUGUGGAUGGUGCUUCAGCCCUGAUAACCUGUCGGAGUUAUUCAGCCCCCAAAGCUCUCGUCUCCUGGAAGAAGGAUGGUCGACCGAUAAAUGGCGGUCGCUACCAGAUCCAACCGAACGGUGAUUUGGCAAUUGAGGUAGUCCUACCCCAGUUUCCCCUGUUGUACUGGUUAACUGUCAUUGAUAUGUUUGCAGUUGGUACUAAAUGGCACAAAAUAGAAAGCACUACAAUCUAAUAGAUGUCAGUAAUUUCCUCACACCUCCCCUCCCGCCCCAGCAACUAUUCGGUUUCAUCUCACUGGUGUAACAAAACCUUCAUUCAGCCAGAUUGCUCUUGUUCAUGUCAUCCGCCAGCAUGGCCGGUCUACGUUUGCCGGGUUGCCUGUUGCAAGCUGGAUCAACGGGUGUUUUUGUGAUGUUGAGGUUGCUCGUACUGCAGCAUUUGUUUGUCGGUUUGCAGGGACCUCUUUAUACUCUCCUCUUCGCCCCAGUUGUUCCCAGUCGUCUCAUCAUCUUCUCCAUCCUCCUCUCUUCCAUCAUCGCCUCCUCUCCCCUUCUCUCUUCUUCUUCUUCUUCUUCUUCUUUCCUUUAUUUCAUCAAUUUUUAUUAUUUUUGCCUCGCUUUUCUUCUACCCAUCUACUUUCCUUCUCUCCAUCCUCGUCCCCUUUUCUCCCUCCUGUCUCACCCCCUACUAUUUCUCGUCCUACUAUUUCCUUCCUCACCUCCUCCUCCUCCUCCUCCUCCUCCUCAUCAUCAUCAUCAUCGCCGCCACAACCACCACCACCACCACCACCACCACCACCACCACCACCACCACCACCGUCGUCGUCGUCGUCGUCGUCGUCGUCGUCGUCGUCAUCAUCAUCAUCAUCAUCAUCAUCAUCAUCAUCAUCAUCAUCAUCAUCAUCAUCAUCAUCAUCAUCACCACCACCACCACCAUCAUCAUCAUCAUCAUCAUCCUCCUCCUCCUCAUCAUCAUCAUCAUCCACUUCCUCUCCCCCUUCCUGUUCCACCCUUUAUUUUUCUUCGCCUGCCUAUUUCCUCCGACACCUACUCUUCUUCUUCCUCCUUCCCCCCCACUCUAAAUCCCGUCCUUCCUUCAGUUAGCUUUUAAUCGUGACGUUUUAUUAGAUGAUUUGAGCGCCCACAAGGGUUUCUAAACGAGCACUUUUUAAAAGUGACCACUUUCCCAUUCUCUCACCGAGGCGGUUGCGUCCACAGACUCGGGAGAUUACGAAUGCACAGCGACGAAUCCGUUUGGAGUGACGAAGGCCUCAGGUCACCUGACUGUUCGGCGCCGAACACGGGUCACCCUAGCGCCCAUCGAGACUUGGGUUUACGAGGGUCAGCUGGUGAAAUUCGUCUGCACAGCUGAGACCGACCCCAUGGAGGUGGAUAACUUGGUCGUAAGGUGGUACAAGGACGGGAACCUGAUUGAUACCUCGGCCACACCACGAAUUGAACAAAUCGGUUUUGAUUACUCCCUCCUUAUCGCCGGCGCCCAGGCUCUUGACACUGGCCAGUAUCGCUGCAAUGCUAGCAACGGCCUUGACUUUGCAUUUGCCACCGCAUCCCUGUUGGUUCAAGGUCAGUCAACUUUUUAUUGCAUUAAAACAUCUUGCUUGGACUGUUAGCACAUCAGACGUUUGCGGCCGCAGCCAGCCCUCUCAUAACCAGUAAACUUUUCGCGGGAGAAGCAGUGAAAACUUGCGCACAAACUUGGUUAUAGUGAAAGACUCUCAUAGCGCCGACCUCACUCGCUCUUCCCACACCCAUCCUCUUACGAUGGCAGGUCCAGGCAAGCAAGACUGAAAAUAAGAUUGUGGACAGUGGCUGGUAAGGCAUUCAUCCACCCUCCGCCCUUGGUUUGCCGCACACUCGUUGAAGCCCGAAUCGAUCCCCUUUCGCGCCCCUCCAACCGGGUUUCCUCCACUCAAGUUGCAUAUUUUUGAGGGUCGUCAUGAGGUUAAAUGAAGCAUGAGUCACUCCGAAUUGGCUAUCAGCUCAGCGGGGGAUAGAGUUAUCCCAUACUGCCAGGUGUUCGACGCCUUCCUAACUGUGAAUGUCGGCGGAAACUGCUCAGGACUGCUCCCACUUCACUCUCCAACCGCCAGGCUUCCGUCCUUCGCGCGCUACAAAGCAAUGUUCGAUCGAUCACAGAAUGUUGCUUUCUUUCCGGACCUGUUGCCACACCGUAACCCGUUCUGGGAAAGAGGACAGGCAGAAUGUUAUUACCGACAAAGACAAGGGAGACUGGAAUGGCCAUUUCCGGCUUAUCAGCCGUCAUCAGUCAGUCAUACCCAAGCCCGAGGUAUGGAACACCUGGGGCUCGAACUCGCGACCUGUUAGUUAGAAGUCCAACGCCUCUAAUCACUGAACCACGGGCUCGUUGUCCUGCCGGUUGCGAUCGGGAAUAUACAAUGGUAGAGGGGCGCUCACCGAUCGUUUUAGGGAACUCACUAGUUCCGUUGCGCCUUACGGAUUCUCCCUCUCUCGAGCCCAACCAGCAGCCGCACAGCGGUGCAUGAUAUAGGCAGAAUGUUAUUACCGACAAAGACAAGGGAGAGAGCCCGUAAGGCACAACGGAACGAGUGAGUUCCGUAGAAACGAUCCGUGAGCGCCCCUCUACCAAGAAGACAGGGCCUAAUUUUCGCGUAAGUUGAGUGGCAUCAUUUAACGACAAGUCCAGUCUAGCCUGUUCAUUUGCGAGUACAGUAGUUGGCCUAUCUCAUGAAGUGUUGGCCGAAAUUUUCCGAAGUGUGUUUUCGACUAGGAAGGAGAACUUUGGCAAAGUUAUAAUAUUGAUCAUCGUACAGCAUUGUUUGAAGAAAAUUCGGUCAUGCCAGGAUUUCGACUUUUGAACGAGCUUCUCUCCGGUAGCCUGCAAAAAUUACACCCUAUAAACAAUGACUGCUUAGGGAGUAUACAUUUUCCUACUGAUUUUCAGCGUCCUUAUAAAUUAAAAUCGAUUUUAUAGAAAACAUACACUGUAACAUUCUCUCAUCCACUCGUUUGGUAGAAAAUUACGUCUUCUUCAAAUUUCAUACUCCAAGAAAGGACAUCUUUCGGUCAAAAAAAGCUUUUUCAAUUUUCGGAUAAUUUUGACCCCGAUAGUCACGUUUGCGCAGGGCUCUUAAAACUUUGCAAGGAAUGUGGAUCAUAUUGUAUAUUUUAUAAGCAGCAUUAAUAAACGGACCGACACGAUCCACUGCGAUUGGAUAUUUCACUGUCUUAAAAAAACUCAUUACCGGAAAACUUUUAAUACCAUAGUAUACCCUUUCUUCAAGUACGAUAUUUUAAAAAGACGUAACUUUCGGUUAAUUGAGUGCAAGAAAUGAUAUUUGUGUGUUUUUUAUGAAGUCCAUUUGAAUUUACAAAGGCAUCGAAAAUAAACGCUGGAAAAUUGAUACUAAUUAGUUCAUAAGCCUUUACUACAUGUGGUUUUUGCAGGCGGUCGGGGCGAAAUUUAUUCUACAGCCCGCACCCUGACAUGACAUAAUUUUCCUUGGAUUAUGCUGCGUUACGAUCAAUAUCACAACCCCACCUACGUACAUAAUUUCUUCUCAUCGGAAAGACAUUUCAGACGUUCGGAUGGCAUUUCAUGAGAUUUUCCACCUGCUGUAUGCGCCCUGAUUGGCCUGAAACUUACCAGGAACUUAAUGAGGUAUUGAGCGGGGGAAGUAAGUUGUAGACGAGAAUCCGGCUGAGGUGCGCUUUACUCAGUUCUUGCUGACAGUGCGGGAUUUGGCUUUACUGAUGGUCCUAUUGGUUCGCUAGAUCCCCCACGGGGACGAAUAAAGUCCAGAUGCCCAUUUACUAAUUUGCACUUUUGUCGAACGCGCUGGAAGUAACUAAGGAGAGAGUUUAAGAGGGUAGCCCCUUCAGCUUUGCAAAAGACUGGACUUUUGAGUUGGCAUGUAUGUUUAUGUGCUCGACGCGAGUUCUCCUGGCCUCUGCAACGGGAUGAGACGCAGGUGCGAUAGACCAGAACGGGGUCAGGUUGGCUCACUGGACGAGUUUAUCGGGCUGCGCUGAGCCCGUGGGAGUCCAUAACUACUGCCGUGCAUGCGUGUGCGUGUGGCAAGCCUUCGCGCCCCGUCAUCAACUGCAACCAAUCCCAUCCCCGGCUGUUUGACAGCCUCGAAUAGUCGACUGAUGCAUGGGAGACGGAAGAGAGAGAGAGAUGUUGACAUCAGACAAUCUAUCCUCACAGUUCAUCAUCGCAUUCUCCACUAUGAUAAAUCCGACUGGCUUUGGAAAUGAAUGCAUGUUUAUGUACCGGAUACGAACGAAACGGGGUCAGAUUGGCUCACCGAACGCGUCUAUCGGUCUGCGCUGAGUCCACGCAAGUCCAUGUCUACUGUCCUGCAGCCGUGUGUGUUUGGCAAGUCUCGUGCUUUGUCAGCCACCGCGACCAAUCCCAUCACCUGUUUCUUGACAGCCCGAGACAGUCUGCUGAUGCCAGUAGAAGUGAAGAGACGUGUCCCAGGAAGCAGUCUUGAAGAAGGAGGACAAGAGCUUUAUUAGCCUGACGUUUCGGAUUCCUGCUCGAACCCAUCAUCUCAGAGUCUGCUGAUGCGUGGGAGGGGGAACAGAGAGAUGGUGACAGGGCACAUCAUUGCGGCCCCACCAUAAUAAAUCUGGUGCGUUUAAAUCUAUCGCAGCGCGAUAGGGGUCGUGGUGUGGAAGGCUGUCAAAUGACGAAAUAACUCAGCCUUUUUCGGGACUGAGAGUCAGAUGGCGAUGGUCCCUUCCUAAUGUGGCCUCUAUGGGACCCUGACACAUCCGAGUCACCCUGAUACAUGUUAUGCGGAGCAGGUUGCGUGCGGCCCGCGGGAACAGGUCGUUCAGAUUUGUUGGCCACAGCGACCGAGCCCAGCCACGGGCAUUUUGGCAUUGCCUUGGCACCGGAGUGUGGUGGGUGAGGGAGGAGAGAGUGCGGUAGAUGCGGUGUAAGUCUGCCCUGCUGCAAACUAAUUCACGUGCAACUCAAGGAUGUUGCAUCCACACUGUGAGAUACACGGUGAAUGUCGUCACUGGCAACCGGUCAAAUGUUUUGUGCACUCGCAAAAGUUGAUAGAGGGUAUGGUUGCCGGAAAAGGGCUUCGAAUAAACCCCCAAAAUCUACCAAUAAACCUCAUGGAGUAUAGUCGUCCGUACUGAAACAGACAGGAAAAUGGUAGUGGAGCAUUAAGGGGGGGGGAGGGAGAACGAAUUAAUGCAUCAGAGGGCUUAAAAGCGGAGGAUGAGUGAAAGGGUCAAAGUAAAGAAACAUCGGGCAAGACUGAAAUAUAGCCAUCCCGGCUGAAAUGCCCGUGCACACGGUUAAUGCUUGCUUUCGCUGGGUAGACGUCUGCACUUCAUUAUCGGUAAUACGUCCCCCAGAUUGGUUUCCUUGGACGACACCGGUCCAGUCGACGGUCGGACAACUGAUGAGCUACAACACUUCUUCUCAGGGCUGAGGGUAGGUUGCAAAGGCUCUUAUUUAAUAUGGCCUUUAUGUCAGUCUGACGCCUACAGAAGCCAGGUCGUGCGUGGCAUGUGCAUGUGCCACUGCGCUCACGUCUUGACAUUGUCUUCCCAUCACAGCCAGACGGAUUAGGGGAGGAGAGGGUGUGACAGAUGCUUCGAAAGUCUGUCCCACUGUCGACAAAUUGGUGUUCAAGUCGCCGGCGCCGUGCUCACAUUGUGGCGGUACGCAGUUGACGUCGUCGCGUGCAAACUGUCGGUGUGGGUCUUCCCCCGCUGACUCCGUGCAACCCCUCCUCACCAUUAAUUACUGUAACACGUACAGUAGGUGGGCUAACUCAUGAAACGUCCACCGAAAUUCCGAAAUGCGUUCUCUUUUCGAAAAAAUUAAUUAAGUGGGGUUGUAAAAGUAAUCAUUUUUCCGCAUAAUUCUAUAAUGAUCCAGUUGCCUCAAGAUGCCGGCUUUCGAAAGAACUUCCUUUCGGCUGCAUGUAAAAACUACACUCUGUAACAAAUGACCACUUAAGUAGCAUGAAUUUUCUCAUUGGUUUUUGAUGCCCCUAAAAGUCAAAUUAUAGUUUAAAGAAACCAUGCAUACAAAUAUUCACUCUUCCGCUCAUUCGGUAGAUAAUUAUGUCUUCUUCCAAUCUGAUACUCGAGGGAAAGGUAUAACUCGGUUUUCAAAAACUUUUUUAAUUCCCGAAUAAUGUUGAAGCCGCUCUACCGUCACACUUGGAUUCAGGGUUUCCAAACUACAAGCCGUAUAUUUUCCGCGUACGGAAAAUCACACCUUCCUCUACGGUAAUAAAGGGGAACUAUAUAGGGUUUAUAAAAUUUAACAGUGGAUUUGAUCCAUAUUGUUAACUUUACAAGCCACAUUGGUAAAUACAGCGAGAUGACGAUUUAUGAACGGCCAUUUCACGGUAUUUAAAAGUCCCACAAUUAUAAACAUUUUUAAAACCAAAUUAUGUCCAUCCUUCAAGCAUAAAAUUAGAAGGAGGCGUAAUUUUCCACCGAAUGAGUGAAAGAAUAAAUAUUUUUAUGCAUGUUUUCCAUGAAAUAUAAUUGGACUUUUAGGGACAUCAAAACUAAUGAGAAAAAUUCCUGCUACUUAAGUAGCCACUUUUUACAGAGUGUAGUUUUUGCAUGCAGUCGGAAGGAAAUUCAUUCGAAAGCCGGCAUCCUGAGGUAACUGAAAUAUUGUAGAAUUAUAUUUCAGGCUGACUAGUUUUGCAACUCUACCUAAUUAAUCUUUUCGAAACGAAAGCGCAUUUCGGAAUUUCGGUUGACAUUUCAUGAUUUAGCCCACCUACUGUAUGUGAGCUAUAAACCUGCGCUGAAAGCCGUGGUUUAAAUGGUUGUUAACCCGACCCUCGCGACUGAGGGCUACCUCACAAUCCUAACUCCCAGCGCUGUGAAAUUCAAGUUACACACCGACAUCUGAUUCGCGUGGAGUUGGGGAACGGGUGUCAGGGCAUGAGCGGUGCGCGUAGACGUGAUCCGCAGGCCAAGUUGGCCGCCUCAUCCGCGCCCUCGUUCCAGUCACCUUGAUCGUGUGAUGUCAUCAUAACGUGGUGGGUGUGGACUGUGGAGGGCAUGAGGUCGGAACCGCGGAAGUCUCCCCCACUGUCUGCCCAGACAGUGGUCGUUCUCAUCAAUUUCAACGACUGAAGUUGACAGACAUCAAAGCCGCAAACGUCUCACGAAGUUAUCUGUUGCCCGCUCUCAGUCCCGCAAUCCAAACUCCCCGAAAAUGUGAUUGGCUGUUCACUGGAAGAUUACUGCUUUCGACUGUUUGACCCUUCUUCCUUAUUUUUUGCCAGGGCGUCCAAAUCAGCCACGCGGAAUAACCAUUGACUGCAUCAACUUCGCGGACAAGCGACAAGCCCUGGUUAAUUGGGCCCCCGGCUCAGACAACUACGCUCCCAUCAUCGAGUACAUUGUGGAGUUCUCCACGCAGUUUGAGCGGCAAACCUGGUACCGGGCAGAACUCUUUAACACCACCGGUCUCCUUCAUGCCGCUGACGCCAAGGUUUGUAGUAACGCCCCCUCCCCCUUCUGUGUUUUCAUCCUUGAGACAGAUGACAGUUCGAUCGUCGUGACCGACGAUGUCCACAAUGUGCUCCACAACAUGGUGAAAGCAGUCACGGUGUGUGUGAAUUAGCCCAUAGUAGUAGACUUGCACAGCAUCUACCGCGCUCUUCCCCCCCCCCCCACCUGGGCCCCGUGUCCAGACGGAUAGUUAAGGAAACCGGAGGUGGGAGAGGGCGCACGGCGGACGAACCCGCACCUGGGCGCACCACCACGCCCCCCUGGUCCACAACACACACGCUGACUAGGAUUUUAUACACCAACCUGACGCGGCUCGGAUUCCACGGAGUGGAAGUGCCAUAGAGGCCGCAUUAUGAAGGAGUCAUUGCAGUCUGACUCCUAGACCACCAGUCGGCCACUCCACAUAAACACAUAUACCGGACCGACCGCAAGGUCCAAGUUAUCCGUCAUUUGGCCGCCUUCAAAGCCAGGUCAGAGAGAGGAGGGAUGACACAAGUCGCUGGGCAACCAUGUACACGACCGGUAUACCCAGUGGGAGCGCAAAACGCAUUCACCGGCAGGAAAUUAGGCGUCAGAGAACUGGCAGCGCACGCCAGGCUGCGAGGAUCACUGCAACAUAAAAACACGUCCGGGAAGUGAUAGUUAGUAAAAUGUUAACCCCCAGUCCUUGAUUUCUGCGUCCGAAUCUGGUAUUGUGUGCUAUUUUCCUGCCUAAGUUCGGCUCUUGACAACGUCUGCAUAAAACAGCACUCUCCUGGUUUCGUCCAUUCCGCAGAGCGUACUGGCCGGAUGUGUGAUACUUCGAUGACGGGGUCAAUAAGAAAAGCGGUUCAUGCAGUUGUCCCUAUUGAUCGUCGAACCACCGCGGAGUUGUGAAGAACCAAUUGCAGAAGUGACCCUCUGGGUGUCUUCGGGAAUGUCUGAAAACACCGAUCCGUCCCUUAGCCUAAAUGGUAGACAGUGGAUGCAGGUAAUACCUGCAGUGACGUUCCCUUCAGUCAUAAACGGAGACCAUUUUAUUAGCAUUACUAAUUUGUUCCCCUUGUGAUACCGUGUGAUUAUUUACAGUUUGAAAAAAUCUCGACAAUUCCCUUUUACUUUCAAAAGCAGAUGCAAAUUCAGCAAAUCUGAAGCCUAAUUUGUGCUUCAACUUUGUAAUUAAAGUCCCUUUAAUCCGCAGACCCGUAAGGGACUACUUGCGUUUUUUUAAAAUCUCUCACUCAUGUUCCCGCCCUUUCCUCCCUUCGUGUCCACCUAUUAUCGAUCCCAGGUUAUUCUCCGACCCAAUAUCGAUUAUCGAUUCAGAGUGCGAACUCGGAACAGAGUGGGCCUAUCCGAGCCGAGCACAGCGACCACUGAGACGUGUAUGAUUCCAGCCACGGCACCGGCCACCAAUCCUCGAGAACUGUUUGUCUACGGCACGCAAGCGAACAAUCUCAUCAUCCAGUGGUCGGUAAGUUCACUGGGCAACGACGUAAUUAAAUGUCGUUUCAUAAACACUGAAUUGGUGAUCUAACUGAUGUAAGUUCGACGGCAGACCGCCGAAAGCAGAAGCAACCGGGAUGCCACCCAAUUGUCGGGGCCUCUGUCAACCAGCCACACCCCCAGAGGACAAAGAUGUUUUGUUCUGAGGCGCAGUUGUUCUUCUCAAUUCAGCAAAAAACCGAGUUUGGCGGAAUAAACCACUCAAAGUAGGUCUGACUUUGCCACAAAAAGAACUCCAAUGAACACUCGAUGAAACAAGUAUCCGGUAACAAAGCAUGCCCAUUCGUAAGACUGGAAAUUAACUGCAAGAGUUCAAAGUGAUCCAUCCAAGUGACUGAGUUCUCUUAUCCCAUUUCGUCAUCCACAAUUUCUACUGGUCUCUGUCGGCAAAGCGCAGGGUAGGAUGCGAGAAUAGCUAAACUUUGCGGAGUUCAGCGUAAACCCAUCUACAUUACGGGGAGUUCCUAUUCUCAUGUCCCACUAAGCGCAGUUUUCUAUGAAUCGGUUGUUCUGUAUCGCAUAAAGAAACGGGAAAUUCAAUUCUCGCAUGUAAAAGCAACUUGACUGCUCUUCCGACGUAUUUGGCAGAGGACAGAUACUAAUCUCGACCGUACGUCUAGGAAGAGCGUUUGUUUAACUUUUCAUUAUGCUGAGAAACAGAUGAUAAUUCUGAAUGUCAUGCUAUGACGGUGAAAAUAGCCUCCUUGCUAAAAGUACACCGUAACAAUCAUUUCUAAGCUUCUCUGCUCCUUUUGUUGGCUCAAGGAUUCCCUUUCUAAUAUUCGAAUAUUGAAAUAACUGGACGAAUGAUAUUUUUAAAGGUUGCUGUACGUUAACGGGCAAGUUUGCAGUUUACUUCCUAUUUACCAUCAAGAACCGCAUUCAGCCUCAGUUAGAAUAGUAAUACUUUUCCUACCCCAUUGGCCGUAUUGCGACUUCUCGCAACUAAUAAAACUGAUCCCGACGGUCACCCACAUAAACAUUUCCCUCCUUACUCAUAGGCAGCUAGUUACCUUCACACGUGUCUCUGAUGGGGGGUUCGAGUGAGAAUCCGAAAUGCCAGGCCAAUAAACUCCUUGUUCCAGUGAUCACGUCUCCUUAUUCUAACCUGCUCCCUGGAACUCGUCUGUUUGUUUCUAUAGGUCAAAAAAUGCCUCGCCACCUAAGGUUUUCAGGCCAAAUUUCUCAGACACUCUUUUCUUGAUUUUCCCCCCGAAAAGACGAUGCCCUUUGUGGAGCACUAUGGCAACAACUUGGUGUAUCUACUGACUGUUCGCUGUCUUAACUGCAACAACAUUCGUCCCACCGACGUGAAUACAACAGUCAUUGGAAACUGGCGCACUGACCGCAUCACGUACACCGUCUUCCAGAGUGGCACUUCCGCAAACAAAAUAACCCAACCGAUCGAGUCCUACAAACUGUUCGAGGUAAAUUCGAUUCUAAAAUACAUGCUACUCAUACUUUAUAGUAGCCUGAUAUGUUUUAAUUUACGCUCACCUCAGGCAACUAUCCAAAGCCGGAAUGACAAGGGCACGAGUACAGCCAUUCCGACCGUCGCGCAGGGCUACUCUGGCGAAAACAUGCCAAAUAUCGCGCCGCCCGCCCCGACAGUGCUGCAGGCCACAUCGACUGGCGCUGUUCUUCAGUGGACAGUGAUCACACAACAGCAGGAGGCUCACGUGAACGGCUUCUUCCGCGGAUACCGGGUCGAGUGGUGCCCAUCGAAGCUCACAACUACUGAGUGUGAAAAAGAGAAGAGAUUUCAAGUAAGAGAACGCCUGGUUGCGUUGCAAUGUCUAGGUUACAGUUUCGGGCAAAGAGGGGUCAGAUGAGGCUAGUUCUCCUAUUUUUAGUUUGGAAAAGACUCUCCGAGAUUCUGCCAUGAGGGCGUGGACAUUUUUAGCCGAUAUUUAAAAAGAAUACCACGCGAUUUCGCGUGAAGUCCUUGAUAGGCACCAUUUAACCGAUGAUACGGUGGCGUAGUCUAUCGGGAAUACACGGUCAAAACCUACCAGAUCACUAAGCUCCGGAGACAUUGGCUACAACUUUGAUGAGGCAUCGCGUAAAUCUUGUUUCACUAUCUAACCCUAUUGCAUAAUUUAGUAGAAAUACCACCGGACUUGCUCGACAAAUACGGCCCCCCUCAGUAUGUCCGCUGAAAAGCAAUAUUUUCUGAAUUAGUCUCUAUAAACGACCCAUUGCCGGGCUUUCUAGGAGGAACAAAAAGCGGUUACUAGCUCUACCUCCUGCUUCCAAUGUCCAAAGCUCUAAUGGAGUAUGUCCUAUCAGAACGCAUUAACCCCUCCGCUUAAGUGAGUUAUUGUCUUUUUCCGUUGACGAUCAGUGGGUGAACCAGGGGGUGCGGUGGUACGCCUAGGUGAGGGCUCGGCCAUGCCAUCCACCUGUACCCUCUCCCACCUACCGUCUUUCUGACUCUCUGUUGACAUCGGGUACAGGUAGAAAGUAGGAGGAGGGAGUGCGACAGAUGCUGUGCAAGUCUACCAUCACUAUAAACUAACUCAUGCAUAAUUCACCGUGCCUGUUUCACCUUGCUGUAGAGCAGUCGGUGGACAUUGUCGAAACCGACGGUCGAACUGUUAGGAGGACGCAGUUACGACCCCUGCUUCUACACAAGUUCAACUCGACCGAAAUGGAGGCAGUUAUCAUUCAGAGAUGGAAGCAGGGGACUGUUGCAAACCUUAAAACUCCCGAACUACUGGUUUGUCAUACCGUUUUAUGUGGCACUUCCAGAAUAAUAUAACUCCACUGGGGUUUCGCUGAGGCCAAGCGCACAGCAUAACCUUAAGUUUCAUUGCACUGGCUCUGAUUCAUGCUGGCUUUAAAUUGGAGGUAUUUCGGAUCACCUGUAUGGUGAUCCCGUUUAUUUCGGAUACCCACAUUAAGCAGCUUCUUCUUCAUACAUAUUUAUUAUAAAGAAGCUUGUAUAAUUGUUCUGUACGAGACUGCACCCGUUUCGAAUCAGGUGAUUGAAAAGUUCUACAAUUUCUGUAUUCUCCGAAACACGUUCACUUACCUACAUGAACUUAAAUGUCCAAAUUUUUGCAAACACUUUCGUUUUCGUUAGGAUCGAGUGAGAUUCUAACCACAACAGUGAGUGUCAAACGCCUACUUAACAUGCAUAUAUGCAUAGGAGAAAAUAGAGUUUUGCUCGUGAAUUAUCAACAUAUACAUACAUAAAAAGCAGAAACGCUCAGUUGUCGAUUCGGUCAAAAGUUCGAUUUCUCUCUCUCUCUCUCUCACACACUGUUUGAGCGAGCUCCCUCUCUCCAAAAUAUGUCCUAUUUCUCUUCAUUAGGAUGUGUUGCUCCAAAUGCUUCCCACUCCUGUAUCGUAUCUUCGCCGACCACGUUCAUUGGAAGAACAAGAGGUCGAUGAAGUCGCAGGAGCGUCGGACCACAUACACCGUUAUAGCAGAUCAGACGAUUGCGAGUCGCUCACUGAUGCCUGCCCAGUCUCGCCGUUCCGAUCACCCUCCUGCGUGGGCGAGGCCGUUCAGUUUCAGCUGGCACGGUCUCCUCGCCAGCUGGUCACCAUGACGACCUUGCCUGAUGCGAGGAGCUCGAUAACACCGAUCAUUUUGCAGAAUUUCACCUGGGGUCAGGCGAUCAACUACACUCUGACUGGGGUGCCCGGCGCCACAGAGAUCAGGCUCUGGCUGCGUAUCCUCAACAGUCUCAACGCGGGCCCAAUGAGGUCAGUCUUUGGGGCACUUUUGACUCUCCCUCCCCCCGGUCCGCAGUUUCAGAAAUUUUGCGGCUAGUCAAUUGUCUACGUGUAGUCAUAUUUGAUUUUGGCAAUUGUUGAUGAGGACCACGCUCACAGCACUUAUUUUCUUAGAACCACCCUAACGCAAAACUCUGUUUGGUUUUUUCUCCUUCCUGAAGCUCGGUGGUGAAUCUGACCACCCUAGAGGGCAUCCCCGGACCGGUGGCUGAACUCCAGACGGUGAUGAUCGGUAUCAACAAAGUUAACGUCACUUGGUCAGCUCCCAGAGAACCGAAUGGCGUGGUAAUUGGCUAUGAGUUCGAAGCGCGGGAGAGUGAGUUGGUUUUGCUUUCGUAGUUACUUUCUACCGCCUCUGCCGCAACAGCUCGAGUAUCUAUUCAAGCAAGACUGGGCGCGAAUUGUUUCAUAGACUUUCUGAAGCAAACAAGCUCCCUGAGAGGGGUAGAUAAUACUAAAGGCAGCAGUCCUCCUUGUCUAUGUCGGUCCUCCCCUGGUAUAUAUAUAUAUAUAUAUAUAUAUAUAUAUAUAAUACAUGAGCAGCUCGCUAAGAGUGCAACAGGCCAGACGCAGACAGCUGUUUCACGGUCGUUACCGAUCAUCAGUACGUCAUAGGCCUUAUGAAGUGAGGUAUAUAAGCAUGUCAAGUGGGCGUUUGACCCUCACUGUUGUGGUUAGGAUAUCACUCGAUCCCAUUCUGUCCGCCCGCCAGCUUGCUACUGGCGACAACGAACGCUGUGUCAGAGGACACAUACCACAUAUAAUACAUGAGCAGCUCGCUAAGAGUGCAACAGGCCAGACGCAGACAGCUGUUUCACGGUCGUUACCGAUCAUCAGUACGUCAUAGGCCUUAUGAAGUGGUCAAACGCCCACUUGACAUGCAUAUAUAUAUAUAUAUCUAGUGAAGGGCACUGAUGAGCUUCGGUCCGAUGAAGUGCCUAUGACCUAUCUGGUAGACCCCAGUGGUGGACCAACUGCGCCAGGUGCGUCUGUGCACAUGUCCGUGUUUCUGGUCCCAGCUGUUGGUCAGGGUUAUGCUUGGCUGAAUGAAGGCAGGAUAAGCCCGAAACAGUACUGUAUCAAUCUACCCUCAUUCUCUGUCGUCCCUCCUCGCUGCUAUAAUAUAUAUAUAUAUAAUUUGUGCUGCGCAGAUUUUCGAGGCUGGUUCAUCGGCUCAUCGUCAGACUGUGGGUCGUGCUUAAAAACAAUUGGUCUAUUAACCGUGUCUGACAAAGGAUUCUGUGUUUGGUCGAAGUCUGCACCAAAACAGUCUAAUGGUAUCUCGUAAUCUGUUUGGAAUUGGUUGUGCUCGCUUGAAUUUGUCCUCAGGUGAGGCAUACAUCAACCGGCAUAUAGAUUGAGAUGUCACACAUAAAGUGCUCAAGGACGAAAUCAAACGAAACAGCCAAUCCCAAAGAGAUGAUGAGAUGCAUUUAGCACAUGUUGGCGCAGACAUCGGCCAACCGUAGAUUCCUUCGUUAGACACGGUUAAUUAACUAAUUACUUUUAACAUGACCGAUUGUCUGACGACGAUCUGGGAGGCCGGCCACGAAAAUUCACAUGAUAAAAGUUACAUCUUCCCUAUGUAUUCCACUACUACCCAGCUACAUUUCUUGGGAUCCCCGUUUUUCAAUACAUGUUUUUCAAUAUAUGUGAAAAAUAAAGGCCCAUCUUUGAACCUAUUGCACCAAUCUGUUCCAGACGAAAGGAAUAGUAGGGAGUGGGAUUGUCGCAGCAGAGGGCUUGGGGCCACAGAGGUUACAUCAACUGAUAGACGUUCAUAUGAGGGGGUGAAAGGCUUACUAAGAUAGAUGCCGGAUGUUAGGGGGUCAGUGUUGAGGAUUCCAGUUAUGGUUCACUGUGACGGAAAAGUGCCGAAUCAGUGAGAUCCCGCAUGACUGAGCAUGGAUUCACAGUUGUUGUUUUGGCGUGGGCGCAAGCCCGUGAGCCGUGAACGCAGACCUUCGUGGUAAGCGUCCAGGUCGUCGUAAAGGUCGAUGCUGUUGGUGUUGGAGUGUCCACUUUCGAGGAGUUCUCCCGCCUGCUUGGUGUUAUGCAUUAAGGGUAAUAUCGGCGAAGACAGCGGAGAAUAAGGUGACUGUCUCCGACUAAUUGGUUCUCGUCAACCAGCUUUAUACAAAUCCAGAUGGGAUUCGAACUCGGGUUCUUUGGUUAUUUGGCGUUUUUAAGUCGAUGACUGUACCAGUGGGCCGCUGGAUUCGUUGUCCUAUCAGUUGCGAUUGGGAAUAUUGACUAUUCACUUUUCGGUAAGAUGUGGUUAGGUAGCCCCACCUGAUGGACGCAAUAGUGUUGGGGUUGGGGCUAGGGGGUUAAUGUUAGAAGUUCGGGGAUAGGGUUAGGGUUUAUGGUUAGGAGUUAGAGUUAGGGGUUAGGGUUAGAGCAACCAUUUAUCAACUAUUUAAAGUACAACCGCGCAUUCCCAAUAGCUUUUGCAUACAACUACUUGAUCUCGUCGUCUGUGCGUUUCCCGGCCCCACCUGUAAAUACCCCUAUUACCACCGGUCCCGCAUUACAGGUGGUUGGGUUUUGUUUACUUCAGGUUGGGCUACACAGCAACAUCUGACCAACUUUUCAACCUUGAAUUUUUUUACUUUCGGAGGAAAUAAAUGUACGAGCUUGGAGUGAAUCCUUCAAAAAAACUAUAUGAAUAUUCGGGCUGAAAUCCGCCAGCUAUUGCGGGAUAACGGCGUAAUAUUCACAGUCUGCCAGCAGAGAGUCAGUAAUAUGCGAAUACUAGGUAGCUUACCACACUGACAACACAGGUUUUAGCUAAAAGCCCACGCAUAUUUUGCCAGUCUUGUGCCGCGUCAUGAUGUACUAAACCCCUCAAGAUCGACGAAAGACACGUAUAUGGGCUUUUAGCUGGUGCUUAUGAUGUCAGUACGGUAGACAAUUUAGUACUUUUCAAUCAUUUUAUAAUAAUUUUAUCCCCGGACAGUUGAAGCAGGCUUCUUACUGGAAAAUUGGCAUGACACCUUGUCCUGUCCCUACUAGUAUGCAAGCUCAACUUUAGCAAUGCUUUUCUCCAUUAUAUAGCGUAGGUAAUGACUGUAGAUGAGGCUCUAGGAGGUUCGACGUUAGCUGUGUAUUCGCCGAACAAGUUUUCUCUGGCAGUGCUCGGAAGUAAAAUGAGGUCUUUUGUCCAUUAAAAGUUUUCUCAGCAGAUGCGUUGGGCACGCAGUCACUUCUGCCUCUCUCUCUCUCUCUCUCUCUCUCUUUAGUAAUUGGACUUGACUUGGCCUAUGCGACUCGCUACCCCACUGUCAUGGACGGUAGCCUCACCACCUACGAAAUGACUGCUCUCCGACCAAACACAACUUACCGUCUAAUAGUGAUACCGCGCACCAAGGCUGGCGCGGGCAUUGAGGCCUUUCUGGACAUCGCAACGCUUGAUGCUACAGUCGGUGAGUCCGUUGAGCCUCUGAUUAGACUGACUCUCUUCCCCGCCACAACCAGAACUUCCCCCCCCCGGCCGUCGUCGUUAGCAUCUGCUUCAUCAACACCACGUCUAAAAUUACUCCCUUAUGCUCUUCUAAUUUGUCUUUAUCCCUUGGCACGCUGUUGGCCUGGGACCGGGGCGGGGGGAUUACCGGGUGUUGUGCUUGCAACCUUCGGACAUCAAUCGAGCUCGCUGUUUGUCGAUUUAUGAUGAUAUAGACCUAUUCGGUCUUUCCAGGCGAGUAUGUGUGUGUAAGAGAGAGGAAUUUCGCCUUAUUUUGAAAUCAUAAAUUCAAAAUUUCCAGCAAACAAUUGGCUCCAUUCACUAUGGGCAGUAAAUAAGUUCAUAGAUUACUCAAAAUUCAAAACGUUUAAAACAAAAGGGACGAUUAUUAUGGGGACGGUGUAAGUCUUAAUUUCUGUAUUUCUAUCUCUUCACACGUAAGAUAGCGCGCCAGGAAUGGCAAUACAGAAGCUCAACAAGCCGAUGUGCGACAAGACAUAAGUCGGAAGCUGCGACGCAUCGGGCGGAAAGACUUCGCAGAAAGAAGAUCAGAAUUCAAGGGAUGGGCAACGUCACCUAUAAUCCGACCAGCAAAUCGUUUGAACGUAUUGAAAUGUCGUUGUAGGAUAGUGUCGACUAAAAAAAGAUAAGAAACACCAGUGGCAGAAGAAAGCAUUCGGAAGACCUGUUUUAGCAUUAAAGAUAUUUUUUAGCAAAGCAGGAAAAAUGACAGGAGAGCAGUAUAGGAUAAGAGGAAGAAUGCAGAUAUCUAUGAAUAGCCCGAAUAAGGGUUGAAAUGUGUGGUAGGAACGUAAACGACAAAUGUAAUAAAGAAGUUUACGAACUUUAAUAAAUAGGGACUCAAUAUGCAGGGAAAAUGAAAGAUUUGAUGAAGAAAUAACACCAAGGUACGUGAAAGAGAAUGCCUCAUUAGGAAGGAUGUCAGAGGAUUCAGGACAAGGAGAGGGCCGCAGUCGGAAAAUACGCUGAACUGAUUUUUGGUUGUUCAUUAGGAGACCAUUUUCCUCCGGCCAUACUAGGACAUGGUUUAGGCCAUCCUUUAGAGACUGGAGGUGUGUCUGACUUUUGAGAGGGUGUCCAACAACCACAUCAUCAGCAAACUUAACCGAAAGACAGCCGUUAGGCGAUCUUAGCUCGUCGGUGUGGAGGGAGGAAAGGUGAGGGGAUAGAAUGGAACCUUGAAGAACUCCGCAGUCAUUGGGAAGGACCAUAGAUUUCCGCUUUCCAGAUUGGACAAAUUGAGUGUGCUAACUAGAGCAUUUCACCGUCGUACUUCCAGCUCCAGCUCCACCGACGUUCUUCGUCUCGAACAUCGCCGACACUACCUUCAACGUAACCUAUGAGCCCAGCCAUCGAGGACUGCCGGGUUCUGUGUUCUUCGCCCAGUACAGGGAGCCCGGCGUGAUCCAAUGGCAGGAAUCUCUCCGAGAAUUCAUAAAGCGCACAUUCUACAUCACUCAGUUGACACCAUGUGAGUCUCAUGCUUGUCACUCCUCACCCUCUACUCUCAAGAGUCACUGUCUGACUCGGGGUUAGCGUUGACUUCCACUAGGGUGCAUUUUACCAUCUAGAACCUAACUCAAGUUAUGUGCAAAAUUAGCCCUAAAACAGUAGGUGGGCUAACACAUGAAAUGUCAACCGAAAUUCCAAAAUUCGUUUUCGGUUCGAAAAGACUAAUUAAGUAGGAUUGUGAAACUAACCAUUGUACAGCAUAAUUCUAUAAUAAUUCAGUUAUAUCAGGAUGCCAGCUUUCGAAUGAACCUCUUUUCGGCUGCAUGCGAAGACCAUACUCCGUAAAAAAUGACUACUUAAGUAGCAUGCAUUUUUUCCAUUGAUUUUUGAUGGCCUUAAAAAUUCGGUUAUAUUUUAUAGAGAACAUGCAUAAAAGUAAUCAUUCUUUUGCUCACUCGGUAGAAAAUUACGUCUUCUUUCAAUUUUAUGUUCGAAGAAAGGGUAAACUUUGGUCUGAAAAAGUUUCUACUUGAGAGUUUUUUAAUAUCGUGAAAUGGCCGUUCAUAAAACGUCAUGUCUUUGCAUUUACUAGUGUGGCUUGUAAAAUUAAAAAUAUGGCUCGUGUCCACUGCUAAAUUUUACGAGCCCCAUAUGGUCUCCUCUUAGUACCGUAGGGAAAUAUAUGGUUUUCCAUACGUGGAAAAUAUACGGCUUGUAGUUUUGAAACCCUGAAUGUAAGUGUAACCGCAGGCCGGGGUUCAAAGUAUUCGGGAAUCGGAAAAGUUUUUGAAAACCGAAUUAUACUCUUCUUUUGAGUAUGAAAUUGAAAGAAGACGUGAUUUUCUACCGAAUAAGUAAAAGAAUGAUUACUUUUAUGCAUGCUCUCUAUAAAAUAUAACCGAAUUUUUAAGGGCAUCGAAAAUCAAUAGAAAAAAUGCAUGCUACUUAAGUAGUCAUUUUUUUACGGAGUAUGUUUUUUGCCUGCAGCCGAAAAGAGGUUCAUUCGAAAGCUGGCAUCCUGUGGUAACUGAAUUAUUAUAGAAUUAUGCUGUACAAUGGUUAGUUUUACAACCCUACUUAAUUAGUCUUUUCGAACCGAAAACGAAUUUUGGAAUUUCGGUUGACAUUUCAUGUGUUAGCCCACCUACUGUAUAUACAUUUUAAUAGCCAGUUAUUUAAGGUUUGUUGCUUUUCAAUUUCAUAACUUAACUGCGAACUUGGAGUAGGUCAGUAUAUUCUAUGGUCUACAGGCGCAGACCGAAGUUUGAUGUAUGAAUAGCUUGGCCGAAGUCAAUUAGCCACAGCGGGAUGAGCGCGUGACACUCAUUAACUGCCGACAGGCAGUUAGUAGUAUAUUUUAGGCUUGUAGGAUACCAUCCUAGCAGCACAGGUACUUGCUAAAAGCUAACACACGCGUGUUUCGCCGAUAUUCUGCCGCUGCAUGGCACAGCUGCGAGGGGUUCGGCUCUACUCCAGUUUACGGAUUGUUGCUUUUUAUUUCCUCAGAAAUUAACUGCGAACUUGGAGCAGGUCAGUAUAUCCUAAGGUUCACGGGCGCAGACCAAUAGACUGCGGCCUAACUAAUGAUUUCUACUCUAAAGUACAACUCGAAAUUUUUGUUCUCGUUUCAUGAGAUACGCUACCUACUGCAAUCCUUUUGCGAGAAAAUCAGUCACGCAGAUAAAGACCGGCUCGGACGUUCUUAUGCCACAAACUGUAAAAAUACAUUUCAUGAAUACUUUUACUAGCCUUUGGGACGUACGCUCAUUUGUUUGGUCUUUAAACUGUCACCGAUUGGUGUCCCACCAAACCAAUCGUCGUCUCUCUCUCUCCCUCUCUCCUGACUUCUAAUGCACGAUCGCCAGCCACCCAGUAUGAAGUACGUAUGGUGGCCACAAAUGGGGCAGACCUCUCCGCAGCAAGCAAGUCUAUUUUCGUGUGGACAACCGGUCCGCCCGUCCCAGGCGGUCUCCAGGGUGCCAGUGCCACCUGGUUCGUCAUCGUCUUCCUCAUCUUCCUUCUACUUGUCUUCUUUUUCGUCCUCUUCGCCUGCAUUCGGAAUCAACGUCUAAAGGAAGGUGAGCAUUAUGAUUUUGCUAAGAAAAAAACAACAGCAACUGCACGAGCCAGCUUCCUUCGCUCCGAGCACCUAUUUUAACUAGCAAUUAUGCAAUUCUAGCAUCGAGACUCGUAAAAAAUUGGUCUAUUCUUUGUGUGUGUGUGUGUGUGUGUGUGUGUGUGUGUGUGCUUCCAGGCGGAAAUGUUUACGUAAGCCCGCAUAACCUUGUAAACCGUGUCAUGAUGGCUUUCGACUGGCGAUCUUGCUGACUGUUUCUCCUCUCGAAAAGACUUCUGAAACGUUUAAUUAAUGCGCUCAGUUCGUAGGAAACAGCAUCAUUCUUGAAAGCUAGAAACGCAAGUUCGUGAUUUCGUCCGUGGUCAAAGUAUUAAAAUUUGGAGACUGACAGCACCAGGUACUAGCCGAAAACCCAGGACACGUGUUCCCUUGAUUUUUUAUCCUUGCGACUGCGUCAUGCAACUGCGAGGAGGUUGGCUCGUCAGUGCGCCCUCCCCCCGGCGUUCCCUUUGCACUUUCUGGCAUAUAUUCCAGUUUUUGAAUGUCAGUUUUUCGGUCUCCUCAGAAAGUAAUGCGAUAACUCCUUCAAGCAGGCAUUCCGAUCCUGGUUAAUUCCUUCUGACCAAAAUAAUGAACAUUACGGUACGUAUGCUAACUCAUAUAAUGUUAACCGAAAUUCUGAAAUGCGUUUUCGUUUCGAAAAGAUUACUUAAACAGAGUUUGAAAAUUAAUCAUCAUGCAGCAUAAUUAUAUAAUAAUUCAGUUACCAUGAGAUGUCAGCUUUCGAAUGAUGCAGAAACUACACUCUGCAAAAAUGGCUACUUAAGUAGAAUGAAAUUUCUCCUUGAUUUUCGAUUCCCCCAAAAACUCAGUUAUAUUUUAUGGAAAACAUGCGUGAAAAAUUCUUCUUUCAUUCGAUGGGUAGACAGUUACGUUUUUUCAGUUUUAUAGUUGAAGGGAGGGUAUAAUUCGGUUUUCAAUAACUUCCACUUCCCGAAUAAUUUUGAACCCAAUGUGCCGUUACACUUGCAUUCAGGGUUUCAAAACUACAGAACGUAUAUUUUCCGCGCACGGAAAACCAUGCAUUAUUGUACGGUAUUAAGGGUAGAUCAUGUGGGGUUCAUAAAAUAUAGCAGUGGAUUUGAACCAUAUUGUAAACUUUAAAAGCAACGUUGGUAAAUGCAGAGGCACGAUGUUUUAUGAACGGAUAUUUCACGGUAUUAAUGAAUCCCAUAAUAAGAAAUUUUUUAAAACUGAAGUAUACACUUCCUUCGAAUACAAAACUGGAAGGAAACGUAAUUUUCUUCCCAUCUAAUAAAAGAACAAAUUUUUAUGCAUAUGAAUUUUUUUAUCAUAAAAUAUAACUGCAUUUUUAAGUGCAUCGAAAAUCAAGGAGGAAAUUUCACGCUACUUAAGUGGCCAUUUAUUAAAGUGUGUGCUUUCUGCAUGCGGCCGGAAAGAACUUCGUUCGAAAGCUGGCAUCUCUUGGUAACUUAAUUAUCAUAUACCUAUGCUGCACGAAGGUUAAUUUUAAAACCCCUUUUAAGUAAUCUUUUCGGAACGAAAACGAAUUUCAAAAUUUCGGUAAACAUUUUAUGACUUAGCACACCUACUGUAGAUAAGCAUCGAUACGCAACCGGGAAAUACGUACUUUUUUCAUAUUGACUUCUUCGCAAGUAAGAAAGACAAAACUGUGUUGGAUGAUUUCCUGUUCCCGUAUGCAAGUGUGUACAAAGUAGUUCCGUUCGCCAAAUGUCAACCGUAUGAAGACAAUCUUGUAUUUACCAGCAUAUUCACAUAGUUCUGUCAGGGGUUCAUAACCCCCCAACGUGCAAGGGUAAUCAGAAGGCUCUGGCAAUCCCCCAAUCUCAUCCAAUGAAAAAUCGCACUUUCUCAUCUGCCUCCAGAAUAAAAAUAAUCAGCACUUUUAUAUGCUCUAUUUCAGGUAUUUGCGCACACCACAGACUGUGGGAUGAGAAUUUUUAUGUAAUCUUAAAAAUACAGCAUUUUAAGCUUAGUUUGUUCUCUAUUUUACAGUUCAAGAGAAGGCGGCCCCGACGGAACACCUGUUUGAGCCUUCGGAAAUGUGAGUCUGUCCAACUAAUCGAUUUCGACUUUUGCUACCGACAGUCCUCCCCCGAAUGUUGAUAUACUAUAUAAAGUACUACUUACUAGUUUAGAGUACAACUAAUAAAUAGAUUUUAUUUGCGAGUUGAUGCGCAAGUCAUCGCCUAGGAGAGCAACCUACUCCGAAUGCAAAUGAAGGCUGCCGUUCCAAGUAUAUGACUUGAAGACUCGUAAUGUUGAAGUAGUGUCCUUCAUUUAGGGUUCUGUCGUGGAACAGUGAAUCGACCCUCCAGACGGUCCGUUUGUGCCAGCGCGGCCUAGUCUGAAUAACGGAAGUGUUAAUUGUGCACGGGGCCUGGUAAAGAAGGGCAGGCUAUUCAACUACGUCAGUUGGUCCUUCAUCAACACAAAAUUUCCGCACGGAAACUGCCAGACGGCAUACGCACAGUAACUGUCGGACUCUGCGGCAAUGCGUCCUGUUGUCUCUGGUACAUUCCUCAUGUUCGACAGUGAAUGCCAAAGUUUUGGUGCACGUUGAACGGCCUGGUGUCCACGACCUGAAGUGGACAACGAAUUCAACCCGGAUAAUGACACAGGCCGCUCAUAAGACAGGGGACACGCUCGUACCAUCGUGCCUUGGAACUCGUUGUAGAGCCCGCACAGGCAGUCGCAUAACGGUUACAAAUAUACGUUGAAAGGAUUUCAUGCCGCAACCGACAGGCUAAUGGGCCAUGGCUCAGUGGCUAGAACGUUGAACCUAUUAGCGUUUGAUCCGAAGUUCAGGCACGGCAAAAACAUGGGCUUUGGUAAAGUCGGCUGACGACGAACAAAAGGCCAGAAAUUGCCACCCCAAUCUACCUCGCCUUUGAUGGAAUUCCUUCCAGCAUACCAAGGCCAAAGGUUUGGACUCGGUACGUCGACGACACCAUCGUCAUCAUCAAGCGGGAAAUGAUGGAGGAAUUUCACAGUGUCCUGAAUUCCGUUUUUCCGGACAUCCAAUUCACGAUGGGGACGGAAAGCAACAAACCGUUGCCGUUUCUGGACGAUAUUGUCUAUCGAAAACCAAACGGGCAUAUAAAAACGACGGUGUACAGGAAGGCUACCGACAUACGCCAAAUCCUAAGCUAUCACAGUAAACACCCGUUAUGUCACAAACACAGCUGUGUGCGAACUCUCUACAGUAGAGCAGAAACACACUGCAGCGAACCGGAUGACAGAAGGACAGAACUCCGCUAUGUUCAGCGCCUUUUCAUGUCCAACGGAUACUCCCGUAACUUCAUCGAGCGCAGCAGGCAGUCUAAACCAGGCCAAAAUCGGGUGACAGUACAGCCAAAAGUCUGGCGUGCACUGUCAUAUAUCGACGGCAUCUCUGAGGCAGUUUCUGCCUCCUAAGGCCCUUGGGGAUCGGGAUCGCUCAUCGACCAGACUCAACCAUUCGGCAUUUGGUUAUGAGACCGAAGGCCCCCUGCCACGAGGUGAGACGACAAAUGUCAUCUACCGGGUCCAGUGUAACUCUUGCCAAGCAAACUCCGUCGGAGAGACAGGCAGACGGUUAAAAACCCGCGUUAACGAACACAUGCGGGCAGUGAGGAGAAUGAACCUAUUGUCUCUGGUGGCGGAACACUGCGCGGACUCUGGACACACUUUCGCCUUUCACAACGCCAAAAUUCUGGGUCGAGGCAAUGCCCGCGUAGCCAGGGAAACGAUCGAGGCCUGUCACACGGAGGCAGCCUCAAUAAACCGUUGUGUCGCCCUUCCUGCAGCCUUCCAAGCCCUCCGGACGCAGCUCAAUGAGCUAAAAAGCAGGCGCGAAGUCAGGCCGGACGUGAAUCCAAACACGGGAGAGCCUACGACGGACUUACACGUAACCACACCGCAAAUCGGGCCCGACGAAGGCGCAGUCAUCAAUACUGUUGCCUUAACUACUAAUCCGGCAGACGGGGAGAAACGCAGUCAGAGGGAUGCUUUCAGGACAAGCAACCCAACACGACAGUUAAGGUCAACGCGAAUGCCGGCGAUGGCCACCAACGUUCAAAUGCCGUCCCCCGACGAAAGACAGGCAGAUUGACAGCAGUCACCCUCCCUCCCGCUCUGCCUUGACGACUACAGAGACGAUCCCUGUGUGUAUGCGGGCCAUUAGCGCCAAAGCCGAUUAACCACUCCCCCGUAUAAUUAUCACCGUGUCAGCAUGACUGAUAUCUCCCCCCUCCUAUAAAUACUGUGGGAUGCCGUACGAUACUCACCUCCGACGAUGAAAGCUUGUCUGCCUUUGAAACGUCAGGACAAUACAAUCAUGGUUCCCGAGAUCGCCUCUUCUUCUCAUUUAUGCGGGGGAACUCGAAUCUUCGCUUUUAUUAGAUCUAUAUGUAUAUAUAUGAGAAGAAGAGGCGAUCUCGGGAACCAUAGUUAUAUUGCCCUGACAUUUCAACGGCAAACAAGCUUUCAUCGUCGGGGGUGAGUAUUGAACCGCGCAGUUACGCUAACGGACCCGAUGAAGGUGCUAUCAUCACUGCCACUCAUGCGGCAGGCGAGAACACAAGUGGCUGCGGAGUGGCAAAGAAGAUUUUCAUCCCAGGACGAGAGCUAUGGUCAAUGCAAACACGUGCGAUGACAGCCAGCGUUCGAACGACGGCCCCCGAAUAGACGCAAACCCGUCGUAACAAGAUCGUCACCGCCUAUAAAUACUGUGAGGAGCGGUACAAUUCUGCCCAUAUCAUGAACCACUGUGCGGCUGCUGGUUGGGCUCGAGAGAGAGAGAGCCCCUAAGGCACAAUGGGACGAGUGAGUUCCGUAAAAAAGAUAGGUGAGCGCCCCUCUAACACUAUAUAUAGACAUCGACAGUUCGGUUUUCUCACCGACAUUAGUGGUUAGGCGGAAAACACCCCUCAGAAUUGAACGAAAAAUCUACGCGUUAUGGCUCAGCGAAAACUGAGAAUACAUAUUUUGCUGUUGUUGAAAUUACCAGUUUUACAGGAGAGACACAUUUCUCUGAAAGGCGCGCGAAUACAAUUAGUAGACGGCAUAGUCAUUUCUUGUUCUCCUAUCGAUAAGUUUACUGGAUCGAAGCAGAGAAAAUGUCCAUGGGAGGGAGGAAGGUGAGACUCAAUGCCGAAAUCCAAAAUAUCGGAAAGAACUCUUGCCUGAUCCCGCCUUUCCUCCCACUCCCCCCUCCCCCCUAACGCUAGGUACCCAGGCGCACCGUCCCAAAUGAACCGAUCUCUCCCGCUGGGCGACCUAGAGGAAGAAGCAGAGACAGAAGAGGAGGAACGAACUCGCAGGAGUGUAAACGAUGACGCGCGACAAGGACCAGAGGGAGUCGAGGAGGCCGUCGAGAGUGUCCGCUCAGCCCAACACAACGCCUACGACAGUUGGAGUCCCGACCGCCGGCAGCAGCAACGACAACCCUACUAUGGAGAAGAAGGCGGUCGAGAGGGUGGUUUUGAUGAGGUGGACGAGGCUGGUAUCGUCCAUAUCACUCCACGCAGGGGUCGGUCGGCCGGCGGUCGCGCUUGGAGAGAUGACGGUGAGUCCAUUCAGUGCCGGUGUUCAUGCAUAGAGGCAAUUCCUUCCGUUCCAAACACGUAUCCCAAAACGGCUGCCUAAAAGAUACCGACUGGACGGUCCCCAUUUUGGUAAAUAGGGUCUAUUGUAUUACUUUGAUCAUAAAAUACGGACUGUAGUCAUAGCUACUGCAGUCGUGGGAAUGACAGCGUUGGCAUACGGUGCAUGCACUAUUGGAAGGUUUGCAGGUUUAUAUAUAUGUAUAUCCUUAAGUACUAAAGUUCUGGGUUUCGCAUACAGUGCGCCACUUGCAUCAUGUUCCAGCAGACUUUGACUAGGAAAAUUAGAAAAAUCUUCCGUCAUAGAAAUCGAAGUUUGUAGUCCCAAAAAAGCUGGUUGGAAUAGGUCUCCAUUCCGUCGACGGUAACAAUCGGGAGAUGGCACCCCAAAAAAUCCGCCUAACCAAAGCAGCCUGUCUUACGGGACAGGUGGUAAUAGGUGUUUUAGGGGUGGUGGCUAGUCGAGAUGUACGAUACUAGCUGACAGAAAGCCUUAUUUGAACAGGCGAAUGAUCUAAGUUGGCCCGCUCUCCGUUCCGUUAUUACAAAAUGGGUUGCCAAAGGCAGUAUAGUGGUAACGGACGAGUGGAAGGCGUAUAAUCGUCUUCCCUCAGAAGGUUACAUUUUUCUGUUAACCACUCAAAGAACUUCAAGGACCCUACCACCGGACGGCACACCAAUGCCAUUGAGGCAUACUGGAGUAGACUGAAAAGGAAGCCCCACGAAGGAGGAGCUGUGUGGGCUCACAUAGUAUCGUCUUUGGUUUGGCCUUAAUGCCAUGUCCUUGACAGAUGCCUGGGAACUGUUCUUGUCCCAUGUUGUGCAGACUUAACCUAUUUAAAAGCGAUUUUGUUUUGUAAUAAACUGCCAUAAUGCGAAUGUAUGCCGUAUAUUCAGGUGUACGUGUGUAACGAUGGGGAAGGUUGGGUAACAGCGACCAUCGUCCAUGUAAUUUCCUGCGAUGUUCGUUCGGUCAGCCCAUGUUAGGCCGUCGGGAAAGCCUAAGUAGUGCGUGAAAGUAGGCCUGCAACCGCUGAUAUAGCUUGAAGGCGUUUGAGUCCACUGUUAAAGGUAUUAUUUCUAGGUAACGGAUUUUUUUGGGUGUCAUCUCCCGAUUGUUACCCCGUCGACUUUUUUGAAUUUGUCAACUGCCAAGCUGCGAGCGCCCAGUAUGUAGAAAAAUCAAUAAUCUUUAGGAAUUUUCGUCAAAGGAGAGCAUCAUCAAAAUGGCUGUUUCUGACUUUGCCGUCGUCAGUAAGCCACACCCCAUUUUCAGGAGUAGAAGGCAUAAAAUUUGAACCGUGGGUCAGUUGAGGAAUAUAAGUAACGUUCUGCUAUUGAAACCAAGGGCCACGUCCGCCAACUUUGUCGGUAAGACUUAUCUGUCAUUUGGUAAAGGUAUUAUACCGUACUUCCGACAUAGAUACUUGCUAAAAGCCCAGACACGUGUUUCGCCGAUAUUCUGCCGCUGCGUGGCACAGCUGCAAGGGGUUUGGCUCUUCAGUAGGACCCCCAGCGGUCUCUGUGCGGUUUCUGGUAUAUGGACUCCAGAGAAAUUUCAGUUCUGGUCCUAAAAAGUCAUGUCCCGGAGAGUUAACUCCAUGUCUUGCACUGAGUAAUUUCUGAAAUUAUUCACUUGAUUAUUCCCUGGAGUUCAUAUACCAGAAGCCGCAUAGAGAACGCUGUGGGUCCCACUGAAGAGCCGAACCCCUCGCAGCUGUGUCACGCAGCGGCAGAAUAUCGGCGAAACACGUGUCUGGGCUUUUAGCAAGUAUAUAUUUCGGGAGUACGGUAUAAUACGUUCGAUGUAUACAUUUAAUACUACUCGUAGUACUACUUGUUUGUAGAAUGCGCAUUACGUGGUUAUUCCACAGUAGUCGAUUGUCUUCGACUCGAAUGUUCGUUGAAAUUUCGGUUCUGACCCUAAAAAGUCAUGUCCCGGACACUUAACUCCAUGUCCUGCACUGAGCAGUUUUUAAAAUUAUUCAAUUGAUUAUCUGUCAUUGUUAGUCAUCAUGCGACCGCCCGUUAUAAGACAACACGGGACUCCCGUAUUCCGUCUUGCAAUCAGCACAGUUCAGUAACCGCCACUCCUAUGAGGGAAGUAGUGUCCCGUUCGUUGUUUUAAACGUAAGUGUACACCCCAACUUCCUUCUCCACCCUCUCCAGAGCGUCUGCAGGGCGCCCCAGCAGGUCCGGCCUCGGAUCUCUCGGGCUACAUCGACCGCGCUUCAGGUGGUCGGACCGCAUACGAACGAGAAAGUACCCUAUCGGGUGGUUCAGAUGUGGCAGCCUCAUCCAGCAUCUCCGGCCUCCACAGCGAUCGUCGCCGGCAGAGAACCCGCAACGGGAGGAACAACACGGGUGUAGUCAAUCAACCAACCUUCAUUUGA